AUGCUCUACUCCAGGCAGCCUAUGAAUAUGGUCUACAAGACCGACUGUAUCUGCUCUCGGACUUCCUCCACCACCGAAGUUCUUCUGAGCGUUAACGGCGUUCCUUACUGCUCCAAGGGAAUCAACUGCAAUCGUCGCCCAAAGUCUCGGCUCGCCGUCUAUACCGACCUCGACGGGGCUCCUAUAGUGGUUCCGAGGCCUGUCGCCAACGUAUCGCACAUGUUCGUCGUGCCGUCUAACUCCUUCUCUGACGACAAGUCUCUCGCUUCCGUCUCUGGGGUGUCUGCUCUCGAGGACUUCGACACACUCUCCAACUCGCUUCUCGCUCAGUUACGUGGACUGUCGGCCAAGGCACCUUCCAGCUCGGCUGUAGAGCCCCUUUUUACUCCGGAAGAGGUCGUCCGUGCCCCUGAACCCCUCUGCACCAUCGCCGAGGAGGACGAGGAGGACGAAGAAGAACGUGCCGCAUCCGUUCCCGAGCAGAUCCCCUUCGUGCGGGCUUCCUGGUUUGUAGCUCAGGACGGCGAGAAAGACCCCCACCCGCUCGACCAAGGCAUCAUCGUAUGCUCUAUCCAGUCGAAGUCGAAGCGUCGUGGAGCCGUUCGGCGUGCCCUUGGCCCGAAGAUCUAUCCCAUGCGCGAGCUGCUCAGCAAGGUCUUCCGCCCUCGUUUCCACCACUUCUAG